CAGUGGAUGCAAAAUAUAAAUAAAUUUUUUUAUUAGGCGGGACAAAUAUCUUUUUAACUUUAUUUACUCCCUUGGAAAAGUACCCAAUGAAUGCUGCAAAAUCUCCCACCUGAAAAUUCUAUCCACAUGCUAGCAGUAGCAGAAACUUCAAGUGAUCAUUUGGAACAAAAUGGUUAAAAUGUCUUCAUCUUCAUCUCUCCCUCUUCCAAUUUCAAUCACAUCCAACUCCAACACUCCCUCUUAUUCAUCACAACCAACCCCGAAAACCACCCUAACCAAGACCGUUCGUUAUCGGCUGAGCCAGUUAUGCAGAGAAGGCCAACCCCAUGUUGCAUACCAACUGUUUGAUAAAAUUCCACGCCCAACUACAGUUCUUUGGAACACUAUAAUUAUUGGGUUUAUUUGUAAUAACAUGUCUGAUCAAGCUAUACUGUUAUAUGCCCGAAUGCUGAAUUCUUCUACUUUAUUGCCUGAUUCUUAUACUUACUCUUCUACUCUUAAAGCCUGUGCUGAAACUCGACAGCUUAAGGUAGGUAGAGCUGUACAUUGUCAUAUUUUACGGUCUCGUUCCGUUCACCCGCCUAGUAGAAUUGUUUGUAAUUCUUUGUUGAAUAUGUAUGUCACUUGUUGCAGUUGUUGUGGGAGUUCUAUGUAUGAUUCUUUGCUGUGUAAUGUGUUUGAUACGAUUCGUAAGAAACAAAAUGUGGUUGCGUGGAAUAUUAUUAUUUCAUGGUAUGUUAAAAGGGAGAGGUUUUUGGAAGCGUUUCGGCAUUUUGUUAUGUUGUUGAAAACGGGAUUGAAGCCUACUGUUGUAAGUUUUGUAAAUGUGUUUCCGGCUAUAAGGGAGGUUUGUGAUGUGUAUGUUCUUUAUGGGAUGCUUAUUAAAAUGGGUACUGAGUAUGUCAAUGAUAUGUUUGCAGUCAGUUCUGCGGUUUUUGUUUAUUCUGAGCUUGGUGAGCUUGAUUCUGCCAGAAAGGUUUUUGAUCAGUGUUUGGAGAGGAAUACCGAGGUUUGGAACACUAUGAUUAGUGGCUAUGUUCAGAAUAAUCGUCCAGUUGAAGCACUUGAGCUGUUUAUGGAAGCUUCUGGAAAGUCAGAGAAGCAUAAUGUUGUUAUCGUAGAUGAUGUGUCAUUCCUCUCAGCCCUGACUGCAGCCUCCCAGUUGCAGCAGCUGAGUCUUGCUAAAAGGUUGCAUGCAUAUUCUAUCAAGAAUUUAUCAGAUAUAUCUACCAUGAUAUUUAAUGCAAUUGUUGUAAUGUACUCAAGGUGCAAUUCUGUCGAGACAUCCUUUAAGAUAUUUAGUAUUAUGCAUGAAAGAGACAAUGUUUCCUGGAAUACUAUGAUCUCUAGUUUGGUGCAAAAUGGUUUGGACGAGGAAGGAUUGAUGCUUGUUCAUGAGAUGCAGAAGCAAGGAUUUGUGAUUGAUCAUGUGACUAUAACUUCUUUGCUUUCAGCAGCAUCAAAUUUAAGAAACCAAGAAGCUGGUAAACAAACUCAUGGCUAUCUUCUUAGGCAUGAAAUUCAAUUUGAAGGAAUGGAAAGUUAUCUCAUUGACAUGUAUUCUAAAUCUGGAUUAGUUGAAAAUGCAAGAGCACUCUUCGAAACAAGCUGCACACGUGAUAGAGAUCUAGCCACAUGGAAUGCUAUGAUUGCUGGGAACACUCAAAAUGGACUGAUCGAGCAGGCUUUCAUCGUCUUUAGGCGGAUGCUUGAUCAAACUGUUGCUCCAAAUGCAGUGACCUUGGCAUCGAUUCUUCCUGCCUGCAAUCCAUUGGGAAGUCUGGCUCUUGGUAAGCAGUUACAUGCAUAUGCUAUGCGCAACUGCUUGAACCACAAUGUUUUUGUGGACUCUGCUCUAGUAGACAUGUACUCUAAACUAGGAUCAAUCAACUAUGCUGAACAUGUCUUUGCUGAUUCGCCUAUAAGAAAUUCUGUUUCAUACACGAACAUGAUAUUGGGUUAUGGUCAACAUGGAAUGGGUGAGAAAGCUCUAAUUUUAUUUUUCUCAAUGAGGGAACAUGAUGUUAGUCCUGAUCCAAUAACCAUGGUUGCAGUAUUGUCUGCCUGCAGUUAUACUGGGUUGGUCAAUGAAGGUCUUCAAAUAUUUGAAUCCAUGGAGAGAGAGUACGGUAUACGUCCAUCCUCUGAACACUACUGUUGCAUUACGGACAUGUUAGGGAGAGUAGGCAGGGUUGCUGAAGCCUACAAGUUUGUCACAGAUUUAGGUGAAGAGGGUAAUGUUUUGGGAAUCUGGGGAUCGCUGCUUGCAGCCUGCAGAACUCAUGGAGAAUUUCAACUGGGUAGAAUUGUUGCCAAAAAGUUUUAUGAAAUUGAGAAAAUGAAUAACAUGUCAGGUUAUCAUGUUCUACUUUCCAACAUCUAUGCAGAAGAAGGAAACUGGGAGUCUGUUAAUGGAGUUAGAGAAGGGAUGCAGGAAAAAGGUUUGAGUAAGGAAGUUGGCUGCAGCUGGAUCGAUGUUGCAGGUUACAUAAACUAUUUUGUUUCUAGAGAUCAAAAGCACCCUCAAUCUGACAGUAUAUACACGUCGCUGGAAGAAUUAGGUAUAAAUAUGAAGGAUGCAGGCUAUAGGCCUUCUACUGAAUUGUAGAAUGGAUUUAUGAGUCUGAAGAAUGAACAUACAUGAUUUAUAUGAUAUAUUAAUAUGCGUUCGAGAAUUAAAUUGACCUAAAUUAUUGGUGGUUGAUUUACUAAUUGCUUAUUAUGAUUCAAUCAGUCAUAUACUCAUAUUGGCACUAUGGAUACAGUGCAGUGUGGUGGAUAUAAUGCUUAAAAGCUCAAUGUGCGGUUAACUAAUAUGUUCAGGGAAUCACAUUGCUUGAAAUUAGUUGGCAGUUCUCAUAGUGUUUAUUAUGUUUCAAGAAGCCAUCUUGGCAUUAUUAAUAGAGGCAUGGAGUGGUUCGUAAUAAUGACUAAAUGCUCAGUUAGAGUGAUUGGAGGGCUGCUCAUGUGCACGUGAUUUGCUUCUGUAACGAUUAAAAUUCACUAAUGUUGAUAUCACUUCCGGAUGGAUUAAGACAGCGGGGUUGAAAUUGGCCUAUCAUUAACAAGAUGAGUUGAUAAAGUGGUCAAAGUCUACUCUCUUUGCAUCGGGAUCAUGCAUGGGGAACUGGGAAGCGACAAGAAAUGCUGGAAUGUUGCGAAUGUGUUACGAUUGGACAAAACUGUGAUGUUUGUUUUGUUCAUAAGAGGAAGACCCUGAUGUCUUGACAUUUACUUGUGAGUAUGGUUUGUAUGUUUAAAUUUGAAGUUUGCUAUAUCUAUAUCCCUAGUCCUUUCCAUCAAUGGAUUUGUUCUUCAAAUACAGCUAAUGGCUAUGCAUUGUUGGAUGAAUCAAACAAGUUGUCCUUGGUUAGCAGAUAAUGACAAUAUUUACCAUAUCUCCCAAGUUGUCAUAAUUUUGUAAAAUAUGUCAUUGGUCAGGAUCAGGAAUUAGUCUGUAUACACUGGGAAAACAAUCCUGGAGGAGUCUCUUGGAUUCAGAAAUUUAUUGAUUUCAAUGACAUAAAAUGGGUAUAUUCAUAUUUGGGUCAUUGGGUGGUGGGCUGCUUUGUGCUAGAAAAGAUAGUUUUAUACACUUCUUUUAUGACUGUAGACAGAAAGACUUCAAGUCUUUUAGGCUUCCAGAUGAAGAGGUUUUUAAGUCAUGGAGUCCUUUGUUCUGAUCAAAGGGUUCAAGGGUCGAGCUACUUCUGAUGUUUUAGUGACGUCUAAGUUCUUUUAGAUAAUUAAACACACUCAGACACCCGCCUUGUCUUGACAAGGUUUGAACCCUCGACACCCCGUAAAUGUAUUAGUAAAUUUGUAUCUUUGCUACACAUGAUGCUUCAGAAUUGUUAAGAAGCAUGAUCACGUAGAAUCAAGUUCCUCUUAGUAGUCGGUUGGAAUUUUGGUUUGGCUAUUUUUACCUAUAUUCUCAAACAACUAUAUAUAAUUAUUUCCGCAAGAACUUGAUCUUAUUUCUGCUGAUGAACUUAUCGGCUGAUUGAUAUUUUAAAUAAUCAACUCCUGUAGCAUAGAGAUUCAAAUUUAUAUACACCUUUACUGUAUGAAGGCAUAAGAACAUGUUAGCUUUAUGAUUCAGUUCAAAUUUUAAUCAUGUAAGAAAAGGCUUUCCUUUAAAUUUAAGCGCUCAUAUUGCUCUUUUGCUGAAGCUGCUUGAUGUCUUGAACUUGUGUGCAGCUCAUUUAGCCGUCCUGUGUACGGAGAACCUUCACUCUCAUACUUUGCUUCUGUAAGCUCUAGAGAAUUUAGAAAAAAAUAUUUGAACACUUGUGGAAAUAUAAAGUGACAAAUAUUUUCCAAUCUAUAAGUUUAUUGUAGCAUCAUGUGCAGAAGCUGGUGAUUAAGUUGCAAACAAAAUAAUAUUAGGCACAGUUCAAGGGUUGGCUUCAACUGUGAAAUCACAAGACUGGGAUUAGGCAGCUUCUUGGGGCUUUGGCGACGGCGAAGUCACCGGAUGAAUGGCUGAAUAGAUGAUAUGGUCUCGACCCGCUCCUACCUACCAUGAAAGGUAGAGGGUCGAUAAUGUUGGACUUUGUGCCCAUAUAUUCAAAUCUCUUUUCGAAGUCAAGAGCUGUGUUUCGGGACAUUCUAAGCUGUAAUAGCUGAUUUGCUUGUUUAAUAUGGCUAGUCACUCAUUUGAGUUUAAUAGUGCUUUGUUGUAGACUAGACACUAGCCUUUUCAGUUCAGACAUGAUUAUCACUAAACUGAAAUUAGUUGUUUGGAUGCAACAACUGAGCACUGUCUCAAUAAUUGCUGGAGCAUUUUCAUGCAUAAUUUUCAGUGCUAUAACCUUCUCCGGACAAAA